AUGGACUUGGCACAUUCCCUGGCCUGUGGCGUCACACUACAACUUGUCAAAGAGACAGGAGUUGCAAGGCUUAGUCGCGAUGCCGACUACGAUGCCGAUGAAUUGUCUGGGAAUGUACCAAGUGUACAAUCCGACUGUGGAAAUCGGCAUUCAUACCACGCACUCCGGACAAGUUGCGUUCCUCCGGGUCUUCCUGCCAACAUGACCAAGUCGUGA